UGCGUCUGGCUGCAGGGAAUGGGAAGCUUCUCCCUCUUCAGCUGAUGUUAUUCCCAUCGCGAGCCUACCUCCGGGAUCCCAGGCAUGAAAGCGGUCUUCCUCGCCCUCACGGCUGCGCUCCUGUGGUCGAGGGGCGGCCACUUUUCUUUCAUUCAGCCGUUCAGCGACUGCGCCCAGAGCCGCGGGAGAGGAGUCUUGUACCGGGGCGCAAUCGACGUCACCGAGUCCGGCGCGCGGUGCAUGAACUGGAGCGAGGUGGGCGGCUUCACGGAGCGACACCCGGGGAAGGGAAUAGGGAAGCACAAUCAGUGCAGGAAUCCUGACGGUCGAAUUCGAGCAUGGUGUUUCUUCCGGAACCAGAGAGGCAGAGUGGACUGGGGAUACUGCGACUGUAAACAAGGCUCAGUCCGCUUGCAAGGAGGGCGCUCCAAAUUGGAGGGCAGGGUGGAGGUAUACCUGGGCGGUGUGUGGGGUUCCGUGUGCAGCAAUGACUGGCAAGAUGAAGACGCCAUGGUUGUGUGCAGACAGCUUGGCACAGGCUUCUCAGGCCGUGCUCAUGCCGUCGCUCUACCUCAUCCGAGCACGUCCAAGCUCCACUGGCAAGGUGUCCACUGCCAGGGGAAGGAGCCAGAUCUUCUCCAGUGUCUUAAAACCAUGUGGAAUGGGGGGGGGUGCACUCUGGUUGCAGCUGUUACCUGCACCAAGCAGCAAGAUGCAUUGAUGUUGCCUAUUCGAUUGGUGGGAGGACGCUCAGGGUCAGAGGGCACGGUUGAAGUCUUUCAUGCAGGCCAGUGGGGUUCCAUAUGUGACGACCAGUGGGAUGACAGUGAUGCAGAGGUGGUAUGCCGGCAGUUAGGGCUGAGCGGUGUUGCAAGGGCCUGGGGCCAGGCCCAUUUUGGACAGAGUUCCGGCCGUGUGUGGCUGGAUGAGGUUAGAUGCACAGGAAAUGAGCUCACUGUGGAGCAGUGUCCCAAAAGUGCCUGGGGGGAACACAACUGUCUCCACUCUGAGGAUGCUGGAGUGUCCUGCAGCCCUUUGACAGAUGGCAGUGCUCGGUUAUUAGGUGGGACCAGGAGCUACGAGGGACGCUUAGAAGUCUUCUACCGUGGUCAGUGGGGGACAGUGUGUGAUGACGGCUGGACUGAUGCUAACACGCAAGUAGUGUGCCGCCAACUAGGAUACAGGUCAGGCCAAACUUUGGUCCCUGAAGGACUAGAUAUCACCCCGGUUCCUCGCUUCGGUGUGGCGUCAGGUCCUAUUCUCCUGGAUGAUGUAAGCUGUACAGGCAAAGAGCCCAGCCUGUUGCUGUGCAAAAGGAAGGAAUGGCUCCGUCAUGACUGCACACACCAUGAAGACGUUAACAUCGCAUGCAACCCCGAGCGCCUUGGAGAGGGGAUUCCAGCUAGUGUUCCAGUGAGGCUGGUGGGAGGGGAAAGCCCCAGAGAAGGGCGGGUCGAGCUCUACCUGUCUGGCCAGUGGGGGACGGUGUGUGAUGAUGGAUGGACAGAUCAGGAUGCCGAAGUUGUGUGUCGACAGAUGGGAUACAGCGGGGUGGCCAAGGCUCGUGUGAUGGCGUUUUUCGGCGAAGGGACGGGACCCAUUCACGUGGACAACGUGAAAUGCAGUGGUGAAGAACGCUUCAUAGCUGACUGCAUCAAACAGGCGCCCGGCACACACAACUGUCGCCAUAGUGAGGAUGCCGGAGUCAUCUGCGACUACGGCGAGCCCCAGUCUGGCUACAUAGAGGUCAAAGAUGCUCUCCAUCCAGUUUGCGGUCUUCGCCUCAUCCACACUCGUCAGCGGCGAGUCAUUGGAGGAGAAAACUCUUUGAGGGGUGGCUGGCCAUGGCAGGCUUCUAUACGAUUGCGGGGCUCCCGAGGAGAUGGGCGUCUGGUGUGUGGAGCCACACUGAUUGACACCUGCUGGGUCCUCACGUCGGCACACUGCUUUAAAAGGUACGGAAACAGCACCAAGCAGUACAAAGUCAGAGUGGGGGACUAUCACACCCUCGUCCUCGAAGAGUAUGAGGAGGAGUAUGGCGUCGAUCAGAUUGUCCUCCAUCCGAGUUACCGCUCCCACAGCAGCGAUUACGACUUGGCCUUGGUGCGUCUGUCGCCGGGGGCGGUGGGCCACACGGCAGGGGAGUGCGUGUCAUUCAGCCGUCACGUCCUUCCUGCCUGUCUGCCCCUGAGGAAGGAGAGAGCGCUCAAACACGCCAGUAACUGUCACAUCACCGGCUGGGGUGACACAGGCCGCUCGUAUUCCAAGACCCUUCAGCAGGCAGCGCUCUCCCUCCUGCCACGCCGCCAUUGUCAGCAGCACUUCCACGGUGCUUUCACCAGCCGCAUGCUGUGUGCUGGCAGCAUCCAGGAAGACAGGCGUGUGGACAGUUGCCGCGGCGACAGCGGUGGACCUCUGGUGUGCGAGCGCCCAGGAGGGGGCUGGGUCGUUUACGGGGUCACCUCCUGGGGUCACGCCUGCCGGACGCAGCGCUCGCCAGGCGUUUAUACCAAAGUGUCCUCCUUCAGCUCCUGGAUACACAAGAUGAUGGGGCAGAGUGAUGCCAAAUAUGAAAGGCAGUGACCUGAUUGGUCGGCAACAAUAUGGGAUUGUUAGCAUGUCACAAGCACUUAUUUCAAAAAGCUGCAAAUCUUCCUUAAUAUGCUUAUCUCUUUUUGUUCUGUAAUGGGGUUUUUUUCUGUUGUUAUGAAAACGUAACUUAUACUUUGGUAAAUGUUAACUGCUAAAAGGGGACCACAGAUACAACAACAUGCAUGCUAAGUGAUUGCUUGCAAAUUUGCACUCAACCGUCUGUUCUUUUGUCAUUUAUUUUUACAAUUCCAGGUCAUAGUCGGUACUCAGGCAUUGAAAUGCAAUCAGUUUGUCCUUGUGAGGAGUGUCAAAGCACAUGACAGCAUGUCUGUUAUCGAUUUGUCAUAUUGACUUCCUAUGUGUGCACAUUUAUCCUGAUAGGAGAUUUUAAAGAUAUUCUGAUACACUUGAAAAAGGACACUCACACUCCUUAUUUUGUUUGUGUACGUUUCAGUGUAGCCUCCAAUAAGCUCCAAUUUUGUAUUAAAGUGUGUUUUCUCGGUGUAACAGUGGUUGCAACAAGGGAGUUCUUUCUUUUCAGUUCUGUUCCAGGCUGCAAACUGAGAAACGUGAACACCGACUUGUCAGACAAUGUGCAUGCACACCAGCACACACGCAUGCUUAAUGUCGCCGGUAUGUGGCACCAUGUCGACAGGAAUAGCUGCCAUUUUCAGUCACAUUCGCAUUUACUGAAAUAGGCAAAGAAACAUGGUAACAUGUUUAUUAAUGAGAAGAUGACUGAUAAAAAUAAACGACGGUGUUACUUGUGUCUAACUAACAACUGUUUUUCUUUACCCUUUUACAUUGAUACCGUCAUAUCACCUGUCUUGUACAAUGGCGCCACCGUGUGGGAACUUACGGGUAAGCACAAAAUUAUUAAAUCAAUUUACAAUAAAUAUGCGUUCAAAAGAGUAAUACAUUUGCAUCACAAAAAUGCUUACGUGGAAAAAUCUGACCUCACAAAGCGCUUGCUGUUAUAUUUGUGUCCCGCCAUAUCCCUGCGCAAUGUCGCUAGUCCA